AUGCCUUCCCGAUCACGCCCUUCGCGGUCCUCGCGAUCGCGAACCCGCCGGCGAAAACAUCACCGAAAACAUCCCGAGAUCGAUAAAAAUGACCCCGAGAUCAUUUGGCGGACAGAUCAACAUCGUUACCUGCGCCGUUUGGAAGCUCAACUAGAGGAACGCUACAAAACGGUCAGAUACACGGAGGCUGAGCUGACUUCUCUGGGAUACAAGCUCGGUGCGCCCCUCGAUGUCGACGACCCCAAGCCGCUCGACCUUGAUUCCAGAUUCUUUGUACCUGCGACCCCGGCACAGGUUGAGGAAGCACUUCAUGACUAUGAUCAGGGACUUGAUGGAAGUUGGUCAUGCUACCCGCCCAUUGUAGUCCCACGAAGAGCAGCAUGCCGCGGACAGAAUGCAAAUAGGACGUUUGAGAGCCGACUCAAGACCUAUUAUGCUCAGCGCGCCAACGAAGCGGACUGGAUCUCGGGCUAUUUUAGACAUGCUGCCAGUGUAGGCGAGCCUGACAACUGGGUUUGGUGUCCAAAUGGCUGGCUCAUUCAAAUGCUUUCCAGGUUCUUGUACAAAGACGAGGCACAGAGACACAUGGAGAGAGGCUGGCGAAGCCCCUCUGGCGAACCUGUUGUCCAAGAGUGUGGAUGGGUCCCCUGGUACUACGCAAAAGAUUUCUAUGGCACCCACGAGCCAACCAUUCCACAUGCUCUGGGUACCGUCUGGGACAAUAUGCCGGCCAAGCAACAACAAAUCCAGAAGAGCGAACUCCGCCUUAUUCUUGGGCUCAUCAAAGGCCAGCUUAAGUUUCCUCUGUUAUGGCCUCGACACCGAAUCUUCCCGGCUCUUGUGAUCAGUUUCCAAUCGCGCUUUACUGCUCGGAUUGUUCAAGGCCAUCUAGAAAAUGGCCAGAUCGUGUUGCGCCUUUCACGACUCUUGGACAUGCAUACCCCCGGCCUUCCACCUGAUGGCAGAAUCAUCAUCCAAUGGAUGAGAUCCCAGCCGAUGGCCGAGACCAGGGCUGCGCUGCCUCUUGAGGCUCACCGCGAACGCGUGAAUGAGGAACAUGCGGAGGACAAGGUUGGUCAAGCACAUUGCAUAGCGAUUGCUGGUCAAAGGGAUGGCAGCUCAGUGGUCCCAAGAUGA